AAGCGACUAACUACAAGGAUACCUGAUGAAGGUGAGGGGUGGACGAAGGAAAGAAAGCUAAUAGAAAAGCUGAAAGCUAAAAGCUGCAAGAAAAGCUGGUAGCCGAAAGAAGAGCUUUUCUUCAUGUUCUACCCUCUCUCUUUCUCUAUUUCUCUCUCUCAUAUUGCACUCUUAUCAACAACAGCAGCCCACAGAGAAUAAAGAGAGUGGGUGUCUGGAUUCUCUUUAAUUGGUUGGAUAUUUGAAGAGAUAGAGAUAGUCAUAGCAAGAAGAAAAAAAAAAAAAAAAGUAAAAAACUUUGCUCUAUGUUAGGCAACACCAGCAACAACUCUUCUCCAAGUGUUCCUUCUUCUUCUGAGCUAUUCAAUUGCUUGGAUAAUGGAAUUAGCAACAGUAAGAGGAAGAGAAGACCAGCAGGAACUCCAGAUCCUGAUGCAGAAGUGGUGUCCCUCUCCCCCAAAACUUUACUUGAAUCCGACCGUUACGUGUGUGAGAUCUGCAACCAAGGAUUUCAGAGAGACCAGAACCUUCAGAUGCACCGGAGAAGACACAAGGUGCCAUGGAAGCUCCUCAAAAGAGAGACCCCUGAAGUGAGGAAGCGCGUGUUCGUCUGCCCGGAGCCAAGUUGUCUUCACCACGAUCCUUGUCACGCGCUUGGUGAUCUCGUUGGCAUAAAGAAACAUUUCAGAAGAAAACACAGCAAUCACAAGCAAUGGAUCUGUGAGAAAUGCUCCAAAGGCUAUGCUGUUCAAUCCGAUUACAAAGCCCAUCUCAAGACUUGUGGUACCAGAGGUCAUUCUUGUGAUUGUGGCCGUGUCUUCUCCAGAGUGGAGAGUUUCAUUGAACACCAAGAUGCUUGCAAUGCCGGCCGUCUCCGGACUGAAUUGCAGACACUGCAACCAGCCUGCUUAUCUCGAACUACGUCGAGUCCAAGCCCGUCGAGCGAUACCAACUUCAGCACAGCUCCUUGGCCUGGUUUAAGAUUGCCAAAGCCCGUGGUGGAGCCUGUGACGACGACGACGACGACAACAAUGACCAAUGAUCAACACCAUAAUCUAGAACUUCAGCUCCUGCCAUCAUCAAAUCCGCUCUCAAACACCAUAGAUGCAUCCGUUUCGCCUAAUUCCGACGAAAACCAGGUGACCCAACUGCAACUCUCAAUUGGGUCCUGCGAUCAUAGCGAGAAGAAUGAAACAAACCAGACAGGUUCAAGUAAAGAUGGUGGGAGAAGGUCUCCCAGGGAUGAUAAUGCUGUAGAAGAACAAGGUUUACUGGCUUUUACAUUGAAGGAACAAGCAAGAGAGCAGCUGAGGCUGGCAAUGGCUGAAAAGGCAUUUGCAGAAGAAGCAAGGCUUCAAGCAAAGAGACAGAUUGAAUUGGCUGAGCAGGAAUUUGCUAAUGCUAAGAGAAUUAGGCAACAAGCUCAAUCUGAGCUUGAUAAGGCUCAGAUUUUGAAAGAACAAGCAACUAAGCAAAUCAACUCUUCCAUUUUACAUAUCACUUGUCAAGCAUGUAAGCAACAGUUUCAGGCCAACAAGUUGGCAGCAACUCCAGAUGAGAAUUCUCUUGUUGAUCUGAGUUACAUUUCCUCAGCCAUUACAGAAGGUGAGGGAGAGAAUGAUAAUAGGACCCAUCAAGCCAUCAUAUCUCAAACAUAACCCUUCACUCUCUCUCUCUCUCUCUCUUUUCUUUCUCUUAGUAUACCCAAUUGACUCUUGUAAUUAUCUGUUGGUGAUGUUUAUUAAGGGAGUGUUGUAAUCUUUGGAGGAUGUCGUGUUUGUUUUUGUCAUUUAAUUUUUUUUUUCUCCCAUUUAUCAGGUAUUCUGUUAUCCUCAUGAUAUCUUUGUAUUUUGCUAAUUGAAAAAAGACAAAGAAAAAAAGCAAGCAUCUUUUCCA